GUCAAGAUCGCUUAGCAAAAGUGGGUCUGGGGCUGGGGCAUGUCCGCCGCGCACACUCGGAAAGGUGAGUCAAAAUAGCUUCUGAGUGGAAUUCACGGGACACCACAGAUGGUCGCUGAGAGAAAGACAGACCGCAAAUUCGGGGAGACCUUUGCCCAGGUUAAUAAGAAAAACCGGCGAAGAGUUUGUCGGGCCAUGCUCAGUGUAGGAUUCCGUAGUUACCCGUCCGUCAUAAAUGUCAUAAUAGGCUGCCUUGAAAGGGGGUAUUAGUAAGUAUAGUUAUAUAUAUUUAGUAAUUCAAAAACGGCUUAACUAAUCAUGUCUCUUUAUUAAACUCUACUAAAGAGAAUUUGAAAUAGAGGUGAAUUAUCAAAGAAAACUUCGUAGCCACAGUAAAUUUACUGACAUCUUUCGACACAUGAUUAAAACGUAGACCGAACUAAAUAUGGCAGUAAAUUUACUGUGGUUACAAAAAUUCUCUUUGACAAUCCAACUCUAUUAUUAGCACAAUCGAAUAGAAGAAACCUCGAAAUCUCUGGAACAGUCCUUAAAUUUGGCAUGUACAUAAAUUAAGGGCCCGUUUCUCAUGUCCACACCAUUUGACAUUUGGGGACCUUGAGGAAUCACAACCAUCUUGGAAAAUAUGUAUCAUCCUGGAGAAAUAUUAAGAAAGGUUAGUAAUAUUUUUACCUACCUUUAGCACCUUUGUACCGGACAAAUGGCCGUCGGGCCAAAAUAGCAAUUAUGCAGACAUUAAAAAUACAUACUAACACUAUUUUUUUUAUACCACGACGGUGUCACACAAGCAUACGGCCCGCCUGGUGGUAAGCAGUCACCGUAGCCUAUGGACGCCUGCAACUCUAGAUGUGUUACAUGCGCGUUGCCGACCCUUUAAAAACCUGUACACUCCUUUUUUGAAGAACCUCAUACUGUAGACCCUCGGGAAAACCUCGGCAGGUAGCUCAUUCCACAACCGGAGCGUUAUAUAAUUUAUAUUAUCCCAUACAUUUUGUUAAUGAGAAAAUAAGUAAGAUCUGGCGGCUCUGGGAUCUUGGACUAUAUAGACAGUACAAGAACAAAAAUACCACAGAAACAAAAACGGUUAAUAUUAAUACUCAAUUAUUGUAGGCAUCAGAUUUACUUCUCUCAAAGAUGGAUCUAUUGUUUUGCGCCAUAUAAGAUGGAAUACGAAUUUUAGAUUAGAUACUGAAAGUACCAUUUAUUUGACCUGCGCUACCUAUCCUAACCCUACCUGACCUAGCGGUGACUUCACUCGGCGUAAUUAUGAAAAAAUCCUUAUUCGUAAAUCCAGCUUGUUCAGGGUGCCUAGCUAACGUGCCUAUUUACACUCCGUAGCGUAGCGCAGUCAUCUCUCUCUCGCUUUUCCAUAUUAGUGUGACAGAGAUAGUAGCGUUUAGGCACCCAGUUAAGUAUAAUAAGUAUAAUAUAAUUUUUCAGUCCAGUGUAGCUUGAGCGUGCAACGAGGUUGCACUGCAAAGAGAUCAAUAAUUUUUAUUGCUAUUUUAAUAAUUUGUGUAUAUUUAAUAAUUUUAAACAAUGGCUGCAGCAGCGAUCUCUGCGUCGAUUUCCCGCCUUACCGUUGAAGCUAUGAACGUUUUGGAUCAUCUAAAUGCAAAACGAUUGUUCCCUAGCGACGGGCCUUACAGACUACCCAGAGACGUAAGAGGUCUAGCGACUCUCGUCGGCCUAACCACCCAAGAUGCCUUCUCGGUCCAGGCGACUCUUGAUAAGUGGCAGCGACUCCAGCAGGGCUCAGCCACCGUGGGCCAGCUGUUCCAGUACUUAGAGUAUAUCGACCGAUAUGACAUCAGGGAUGAUCUAUGGGAGCUGGCUCUUGAAAACUGCCUAGUACGCAUAGAUUACCAGGUGCCACAGAGCCAGGUGCCACACCGUGAGGUCCCCGAGGAUAUAGCAAUUACGAAUGAUGAUCUGGAUGGCGUCCCUCAGAGAUACGACGCGGUCGUGAUUUACGCGGAUGCCGAACACCAAUUCGUCGAUGUAAUGUGCAAUAAUAUGAAACGGAUUGGUUUCAAAGUUUGCCGAAAGAGCAAUCUGGUAACGAAUAGGAUGCCGCUCGAGUUAAUGUCGGAGCUGAUAAACACACGCUGUCGUUACACCAUCAUCCUUUUUUCGAAAGCAUUGUGCGAGAGCGGAGAUGAACGACAGAACGCAUUCUUCGCGCACGCUAAGCAAAUUCAUGAUAAAAUCCAUGAAAUGAUUCUCUGUGAAUACGAGCCGUGCCAACGACCCACGCAGUUUAGGUUCUACCAACCUUAUCGCGUCGUGGAUCCAGACUUCUGGCGAUUGCUGGCCUCGAACUUGAAUCGUCAACGGACACCCAGGUUGGAAAUCCCAAGCUGGGUAAACUUACUCGAGCCUGCCAAGAAUCUCCUGCCUUCCACCAUUCGCCACGGUCAAGUAAACGAACAGCCUACGUACCGAGCCGAAACCAGCAGAGUUAGCAAUCAAAACAGUCAACCCAACGGCCAAAUCGUCAAUAACCUGUACCAAAUUGAAGCGUACAGCCAAGUUUCUAACGCUCACGUUCAACCCACCAACGUAAUCUCCAACGAAACCCCCCACACGCCUGUUGCCGAUCAACGUCCCGCCAACGCCUUCAACCAAACCAGCUCCACUGAUUCCAGUAUCGUGACAAAUAGCCAAGACGGAGGCGCCCACUGCCAACCACCAAAUGCCCCCGUGGUUCAGGUGGUCACCGCAGGACCUAACCAACCCCAUCAAAGACCUGAUCAAUCUAGUCAAACCUUUAAUUCCCACAUUUUCAAUGGUCAAACCAUUAAUGAUAGUUGCAAGCAAGCCAAAAGCCCAUCUGCCACUACUUUCAUAAAAAAAAUCAAAAAAGUGAUAUUAUCAAAAAAGUGGUGCCGUGGCAAGAGUCUGUAGACGGCUAGGAUUCAAUAAAUCACUUCUUAGCCAUAAAACCGCCUGUUAAGCUUUUAAACUUGUUUUGUAUUUCGGUGAUGAUAUGUAUGUAUAAUGUAUAUGUGUAUUGUAAAAAUUUGCUCAGAAGUAGAUAUGGGUCAAACAAAAAUAAUUGCUCAAAAUAACUGUAGCUAGUUAAUAGUUUACGUUAAUUACAAUUUUUUUAGUUUUAUCAAUUUGAAUGUUGAAUCUUUUUGAAUUUUUUAACAAAUAAUUAGAUUUGUGAAAAGAGAAAAAGUGACGAAGCCCUCUAGUGGUGAAGGCCUGAUUCGAACCGGCGUCUUUAGUCUUCAUCCGAGUUAACGCCUUGAAACAGUUGAAACCCUAGGCCACCCCGCCGCGGCGGAACCGGUCCCAAUUUCCCGAGUACAUGCCAUCUUAGUAAGACUAGGCGUCUUUGACCAACUCGAAGGGCGAGCAGUACGUUCUUAAACAUCCUAUACGAAUCCCUUACGGGAUUACGUUAUUAGCGAGGGAGAUUGGUGCUGCCAUCUAUACACAACUUUGAGAACAAUUAUUUUUAUCUGGGGGCACCGUAGUGCCCCGCCAAGACUAGCAAAGCGAAACGCAAGGACACUACCUACAUUUGGGCUUGUGCACAAAUCACGCGAGGUUUUUUCGGCUACGUUUUAGGGUUCCGUACCUAGAAAGGAAAAACCGGAAUCCUUAUAGGAUCACUUUGUUGUCCGUCCGUCUGUCUGUCUGUCUGUCAAGACCCUUUUUCUCAGGAACGCUUGAGGGUAUCAAGCUGGAAUUAUAUCAAAUACUCAAGCCUACUGUCCCUUGGAGCUGAGAAAAAAAUCAAACUUCUAAGCCAACGCAAUCAAAAGAUACAACCGUUUGUGCCGCAAAUUUUCGACACUCGCAAAGGAAUCAAAACCUACAGGUGAACUCAGAAUCUUGAAAUUUGGUACGAAGAAUCUUAUAGCACAGAUUAAGGAAAAAUUGCGAAAACCGUAAAUUUUCAGUUACAUCAUAUAAUAUUAAUAUUAUAUACCUACAGGUUUGUACGGAAUCUUCGGUGCGCGAGUCCGACUCGUACUUGGCCGGUUUUUUGAUCCCGGUGAGGUUUUUGGCUAUAAAUACAAAUUAGAAGCAUCUGCGUUAGUCUAGAACCCUCACGAGUCUACCUACAUCUUACUCUGGGAAAAGGUCCAAAAACAUUCUUAAGAAUGUAUUACCUAUAUAAGAAAUUGUAUGGAUACUAUCCUUCCCUGUAUCCUACAAAAUGUAUUCUUGAGACCCUUGGUUUCAACUCCCUGGAAGUGAGACUCAAGUCCUGCUUGCUCAAUUUUACAUGUCGGGUCCUGCGCGGUGACUCGGUCUGCCCGGACCUGGUAGAGCGGCUAGUGAGGUUCUUUGUUCCUGAUCUAAAAGAGAUAACCCUCAGAGCGCGAGUGCGGCCUCUGUUAGAAACCAGCAGUUAGCAGUGCCAACGGCACGCACGGUGGCGUCGGUGGCGCAUAGAAACUCGUCGAUUCCUCGAGCCUUGGUCCUGCUGGCCUCCUGGUAUCAGCACCUGAGUGUGACCUGCUUGCGGGGCGAUGGGCGGAUGUGUGUAAGGAAAGCUUGAGAUUUUGUGAGAUGAUUGAUAAAAGGGAAUCUAGUGUUUUAAAGGUGUUUUAAUCAUAGUUGUACAUACUUAUACAUAGUAUGGAAUUGUCAUUUCACAGCUUAUUAGUUUUAAACUGUAAUUCUGUGUAAAUAUUAAAUAAAUGAAAUAAUUAUACGGCCUGGCCGACCAAUGUUAAGUUCUUCCUCUUUUGAAUACUGAUUUUAAAUAUUAUAUUUUAAUAUUUAAAUCGUAUAAAUAGAUAAUAAAUAAUAACAUCAUUUUAUUUUAAAAUUUAUGUAAAAAAAAUCUAAUAAAAAAACCGGCCAAGUGCAAGUUUGACUCGCACAGGAAGGGUUCCGUACCAUUAUCUAUAAAAACGGUCACCCAUCGAAGUACUGACCCCCCGCCCGACGUUGCUUAUUAACUUCGGUGAUUGAAUGAGAACCUCGAGAUUGGAAAUAAGAAAUAUUUAUUAUAUUCUGUUUUUAGUAUUUGUUGUUAUAGCGGCAACAGAAAUACAUACAUAAUCUGUAGAAAUUUCAACUGGCUAACUAUCACGGUUUAUGAGAUACAGCCUGGUGACAGACGGACAGCGGAGUCUCAGUAAUAGGGUCCCGUUUGACCCUUUGGAUACGGAACCCUAAAAAACAUCAAUCUGAGUAUCUAUGCACUGAAUUAUUGUGUCGUUUUCAUAUUAUUGUAGGUACCGCAACGCAAUAAGUAUUAGUUUUUUUAACUUUAUUCUUCUCAUUAUUACAUGACUCUAAUGGCCGAUAUUAUUAGUUUAAAACAUAAUUUUAAAGGUUGUCCAUCGCGGUUCAACGUGGCAACGCGGUGAGCGUGUUGGGCUACUUUGCAUCUCGAGGGACGUGGGCGAAUUUAUUUAAUAGUUUUUGUGUUUGUUAGUUUUCAUUUAGGUUAAGAUUUUUGUAAUUAGAUUUUAAAAUUUUCAUGAAUAAUUGUAUUUAUUAUAUUUUAAAUUUGUAUUUUUGACAUUUGUAAUUAACACCCUGUAUUUUAAAUUUAAAAGGAAAUAUAAACAUGCACAAAUAAUUGGAAAAAUUGUCAUAAAUUCCUAACGAAUACAAAAAUAAACGAAAAUGGGUCGAAACAUGUGAUGGUGCGAAAAUAGGCGCUGGCUCAGCAUAAAGCUGCGGAGACCCGCAGCGCUGGUAUUCUGUCAGAACCUAAGAAUAGUGACGCUAGAGAUGCUGCAUAGAAUGAACUACAUGCCGAUUUAGACUGCUAGGAAGAUAAGGAUAAUAUUGUCACACAAAUUUAAAUCAAUAGAGUGAAUAAAAUACGUACGAUUCUUUAA